GAACAGGGAAGUGACCAUGUAAUGUCAUUUUGAUGAAAUAAAGAUGACAAAUCAAAAGAAAGAGUACAUUUGGCAAGAACCUGACUUGCUUUAAAAAAUGUCACGUAAAUAACCUUCUCUUUAAAUAGCAGUAUCUGUUGUCGUUAAAACGGUCAUGUUAAUCGGUUUCUCUGUCCUCCCACGCUCAGCUCACGUUGAUUUCGAUCAGAACUCGAAACUCACGCGCAGCAGCAGGAUCCCACCGGAGUGCAUCGAGCGUGUGACGACAUGCAGAUGCUCAGUCAAAGCCACUACAGCUUGACGGAGGUUUCAGCUUGGUUAAAUUUCUGGGAAGAGCCUUCAGGAGCACCAGGAUUAUCUGUCCGGGCCUGUAGCUGCUCAAGUUGCUCAUCAUCAUCUGGUUGCAUGCAGGUGUAUGUAAGGGUGCGGACUGAGAUCACGGGGUUACUAUGGUGCAACACCUGAGCUAUCAUACAUCGUCACGACAACAGAGGAGGGUCCCUCCUGCACAGGUUACUCAAAAACAAUUUCAUCCACUCCUAAAAACAGUUUGUUCACCAACCCACAGAACUUCACUUCUCAGCUCUCAACGAGGUGCUCUGCAGCAGUAAUGCCCAGUAAACUGGAGGGAGCCAUGGAUGCACUCAUCACCGUCUUUCACAACUACUCAGGGAGUGAGGGAGACAAAUACAAACUCAGUAAAGGAGAGCUGAAGGAACUUCUCAACAGCGAACUCACCGACUUCCUCACAUCUCAGAAGGACCCCCAUCUAGUGGAAAAGAUCAUGAACGAUCUGGACUCCAACAAGGAUAACGAAGUCGACUUUAAUGAGUUUGUGGUGCUGGUGGCAGCGCUGACGGUUGCAUGCAAUGACUUCUUCCAGGAACAACAGAAGAGGAAAGGCAAAGAUGAAAAGAAAGGCAAAUGAAACGGAUGCAUGAAAGAACCUGCACGUGUAAUGCUCUAUGAUGCGUUAAACUGUUUGUUAUGAACCAGACCACAUGUCAAUCCUUGGUUUGUAUCAAAAGCAAACUGACCAAUAAAUAACAAUAAAUUAUGUAUUUAAUUUGUUUAAAAUUAUGUUUUUUCUGAGAUUAUAGGAUGUACUUAUAAACUGAAAGCUGGACUUUAUUAUCAUAUAUCUGUAGAAUACAGUGGAUCUGAUAGUGUGUAUGUCUUCUGCUUCUAUGUUCCAUUUAUGUUUUUUUCAUUCAUUAAAU